GUAUCGUAGUCAAUUCAGUAUGCCAUGUAGGUAAUGUGACGCGUGUCUCUAUUAUCUGUGAACAAUGUCGGCUAUGACGUGGUGUUUCGUACCAUUUCUGGUUCUUACUGCUGUUCAUUUCAAUGUGUUGGUGCUCGCGGACUGUCCAAACGGAUGGAUUAAACAUCAGCAAUGUUAUCUCUUCAGCCACGACAAGCUUUCAUGGACAGGAGCUAUUGUAAUGUGUAAGUUACUAGGAGGUUACCUGGCCGAAGUACAGACCGAUGAUGAGAAAACGUUUCUGGACACCACUGCCCACCAAGAAAACAAGAAUUACUGGAUUGGAGCACAUGAUUCAGUUCAGGAGGGUUCGUUUGUUUGGGCCACUUCGCGGGAACCUGUGCACAUUGAACACUUCGGAAGAACGCCCGACAACUCCCACGGAAACGAGGGAUGUAUAGAGAUCUACGCCAACGGGGACUGGAAUGACAACAACUGUAUGACCUCAUUUAAUUACAUCUGUGAACGUUCACCAGAAAGCGAACAGCUGAUUGGCUGAUAAGAAAAGACAACAACGUAUUGCAUUGAAUAUGUGUUAUCAAACAAUAAAAGCAACAGAACGAAA